CGCCCGACACGCAAGAUGGCGGCGGCGCCAGCGGCCGAGUCCUGCCAACUCCCGGCGGCGGAGAACGUGGCCACGCCCCCCGCGCGCCGGCUCCCCCCCCCCCACGCCGCGCGCCCAUUGGCCAGGGCGCCCCGAUCCCAUUGGACGGGAAACCUGCCGCUCCGCGCGCGCCGGGGAGGUGGGGCCGCGUCAAGUCGCUCCCACACGCGCUCCUGGCACCACCCGGAACCUCUUGAGGACCCGCCUCCACUGGCAGGGGAUUGGUUGUACCGGGAGCCGGGCCGCCUCUGCUGGCAGAACCCUGACUACCAUGGCUUCCACCCGGACCCCGAGCUGGACGUGUGGCACAUGCGUCUGGCCUUCUUCUUCGGGAUCUCCCUCUGCAUCGUGGUGGGGGCCACCUUCGUGCACUACCUGCCGGAGCACGGCAUGCGGACGUGGGCACGCCGGGAGGCCGAGCGGCUGCUGAAGGAGCGGGAGCGGCUGGGGCUGCCUCUCCUGGACUCCAACUACUUCGACCCCAGCAAGCUGGUGCUGCCGGACGAGGAGGAGGAGUGAGGGGGGCUGGGCCGGCACCCCCCAGGGCUGUGUGAAUAAACCUGCUGAGCCAGCUGG